UACCUAAUUUAUGUAUUUUUUACCAGAAGGAAAAUCCAUGGCAACGGCCUUUGACUGCAAGUACAUAGAGACAUCUGUGGGCAUCAACCACAACGUGGACGAGCUGCUGGUCGGUAUUUUGACGCAGAUCCGGCUGAAGCUCGAGAAUCCCGAGAGAUCGCGCGACCUGUUCAGAAAGCGCAGUUCGUCCAAGAAGAACCUAAACAGGAACAAGUCGCCGGCUUCCGGAACGGCCACGCCUACUAGCGGCAGCGCUCAAAAUUCACCCAAAAAAUACAGAGGAAGUCGAACGUCAGCCAGUUUGAAAGUUCGCAGUUUAUUAAGCAAGUGCAUAAGGAGAGACAGCAAAUCCAAAUCCUGUGAGAACCCUCCACGUUCUUUAAGCCAGUUUCAUUAUAAGAUGAUCCGUCGCGAUCCUAGUCCAUCCUAA